GAUCUUUUAUCACAGCUAAAUAUGGGAAAAUACAGACAGGCAAAGCUCACUCUACAGAACGUCUUGAAUAUCGGGCAACUGACCAUGAAUGACAUUGAGUUACGGACUGCAGAGGACAUUCCCUGGUAUUUUCUGCAGAAUGUAAUGGCUCUCAAUGUGAAUGCGAGAAACACAACACUUAAACAAUCUGCACAAAGUGCAAAAACUAGGGAUAGUCUGAUCAGGUUUCAGAGUUUUAAUGUUGAUGAAGAAACAGACUCGUCUGAUUCUGUCCACCCCCUGGAUGUUCUGUGUGUUCUCCUGAAUUGUUCAGACCAUUUCUUACAACAGGAAAUUGUAACCAAGAUGUCCAUGUGCCAGUUUGCUGUCCCUCUGCUGCUCCCUGCUGGGGAUAGCUCAGAUUGCACCUUCAUGCUAUGGGCAAUGAGAGACAUUGUGAAGAAAUGGAUACCUCGCUCCUGUGAAGACAGUAAAAGUUUUAUGGAAGACAGAUUAGUAAAUAUCCCCAUGCCAGUCUUCUCUUUUGUGCGGCUGGGAACAUGCACUCAAUCCAAAUCUAAAUUCCUGAAUCAUUUAUUAAGUCCAGAUCACACAAACUACAAUAUUUUUAUGAAUCAGGACAUGGAUUGUGGGAAUUACCCUCGAAAUGUCUCUGACGGGCUAGUGGAGAUAUCUUGUUUUUUUCCUGGUAGCACAGGAAACUUUAAAACUUCCCCAGAACCCUUUGCUGUCACCAAUUUACGCGGAGACCUGGAAUCUAACUUGACACAAUUCACCUUUUUAGCCGCGAUAUCUACAGCUGUCUUUAUAUUUAUUGAGAGUUUUACUGAAGGGGAUUACAGACUGUUUACCAAGCUCCGAGACGUAAACACAAAUUACUAUUUUAUUCUUAUUCCAAAUAAUGACAAACAGAAAAAGCAGAUUACAGGAAAAAAUCUAGAACGAUUAUCCUCAACAUUAAACGUGUUCAUAAUUAAGCCGAGUGAUAGAAAUAUAAUGAAAUCUGUUAGAGAUGUACAAGAAAUUAUCUCAGACUAUACACAGAGCAAGGGCAGUUGGCGAAGCUUGGAGGGUAUGGCAGUUGUGGCCAAUAAGUAUGGAAUAAAAGUAGAUGAGGAUAAGAAGGAAUGUCAGAAUGCCAAGAAUCAUGCCUUUUCCAUCACAAAUGAGAUAAGGGAUGUAGCACAGUAUAAGAAAGAAACUAUGAGAUUGCAGGGAGAUCUGUGGAAGGAGAUAUCUAAGGAACAAAAGGAAAUGUGCAGAAUGAAGAAUCAACGGCAUUCUAACAGUAUGAUUUACAGAGAUAAACUCAUUAAAAAAUGCUCUGAUUUAACUAGGAAGCAGUAUCAGCAUCCAAUGCCGGAUGGCAUAAAGAAAUUUCUCACAGCUAUCACAUGUUUAACACAUUUAGAAAAAUGUUAUUUUAUUAAAUGGAUGAAGUUUAAUCUUGAUUCAAUUGCUAGAAAAUCAUUUUUGAUGCUUGAGGAUGAAUCCAAUAUGAAUAAAAAUGAUAAGUUGGAAAAACAAACUAAACCGAAGCAGCCUACCCUUAAUAUUUCAGAAAACUCACUGGGAAUUGAACACUUCCUGCGUGAAAUGGGGCAGUUCUAUGAAGCUGAAUGUUCUAUGAUUAACCAGCAACAAAUCAAGCCAAAGCAGAGAAAAUUCAGUCAUCUCCCAGGAAUAGCAGCUGAUCUCCUGCUGGAUGGAUUCCCGUUAGAACUUAUUGAUGGAGAUGCAUCUAAUAUCCCCCUGCAAUGGAUAACUGAUGUCCUGACUGAGCUGGACACUAAGACAGGAGGACGAUGCAGAAUGAGAGUGAUCAGUGUGCUGGGAGUUCAGAGUACGGGGAAAUCCACCCUUCUGAACACCAUGUUUGGUUUGCAUCUCCCGGUGGCCAGUGGACGUUGCACACGAGGGGCCUUUUUGACCCUUAUAAAAGUGAAAGAGAAUGUCCAGGAGGAUGUGGGCUGUGACUUUAUUCUGGUUAUUGAUACUGAAGGUCUGAAAGCUCCUGAAUUGUCUUCUAUGGAGGACAGUUAUGAGCAUGACAAUGAGCUGGCAACGUUAGUGGUCGGCCUGAGUGAUAUCACCAUAGUUAACAUGGCCAUGGAAAACUCAACAGAAAUGAAAGACACCUUGCAGAUUGUGGUUCAUGCUUUCCUUCGGAUGAGUGAAGUUGGAAAACAAACAAACUGUCACCUUGUACAUCAAAAUGUAAGUGAUGUGUCAGCACAUGUUAAAAAUAAGGCUGGUAGAUCAAACCUUUUGAAAGAACUAAAUGAAAUGACCAAGAUAGCGGCUAAAAUGGAGAGAAGAAAUGCAUCCAUUGAUUUUUCUGAUAUCAUUGAUUAUAAUCCUGAGAAGCACAGCUGGUACAUCCCCGGAUUAUGGAAUGGAGUCCCACCCAUGGCUCCAGUAAACUCAGGGUACAGUGAAAGUAUUUUUAAGUUAAAACAUUAUUUAUUCGAAUUCCUAAGCAAAAGGCAUUCUCCCAGACCCCAGAAUAUAAACUCAUUUAUUACGUGGAUGAAGAGUUUGUGGAAUGCUGUAAAAUAUGAAAGUUUUAUUUUCAGUUUCCGAAACAUCUUGGUGGCAGAAGCUUAUGAUCAGCUGUCCUUAAAAUACUCAGAUUUGGAGUGGAACUUCCGCAAAGAAGUCCAUGUUCAUCUGGUUAAAUAUGAGAAUAUUAUUAAAAACCAGGUACCAGAAAAAAUCCAAAACACAGCAUCAAGUAUUCUGGAAAAUGAUCUGAAAAACCUCCUGGACAAAGAGGAAUCAAACAUGAUCCAACAAUUAGCACAGUUCUUUAAUGGUGGCUCUGUCAAUGUGCAUCUGGUAGAAAGAUACAAGGAAUAUUACUUCACAUAUGUGAAAAGCCUCAGACAGGAUCUUGAAGUUAUGGCAUCAAGCAAAUGCUGGGAGGCAGUCCGAAUUCAAAAUGGGAAAAAUGAGAUUCAAAACAUUCAAGACAAAUGCCAACAAUUCAUUGAAGAAGAGGUCCGUAAACAUUUGGAGAAUGGCAAAAUCAUCCAAAGUGUACCAAGUGAGGCAGAACUGAAGGUCGAAUUUGAUCAAAUAUGGAAUAAUAUACUACAAAAAUUAAACGUGGCUCGAUUGCAGAAGCAUCGAAUAGAUAAUGAAAUGUUGGAACAGCUGAAAUGGGAGAUGAAGGACAGACCAAGCGUGGUCAAUGAGAAAUUAAAAAAUAUUAAGUCUCUAAAAGAAUACAAAGAAAAAAGCUUUAAAAUUAGUCAUAAAUACAUGCAAAACAAUGUUUUUGGAAAGAUUAAAGAAUUCAUUUUCAAAGAUAACUACAAGAAAUUGGAUCACAUUGCACACUCAUUGAUAGAUGACUGCCUGCAUUAUGUUAAAGAAAAGAUUAACACAAAAGAAGAUUAUAAUGAACUAUACUGUCAGGAACUAUUGACCAUGAUAAACAAAAAACUGGAUAAAGAAGAAGUUAGAAAACUACAACCUAGCUCACUGUUUGAAGUGGAUCUGAAACUUCACAUUUUGGCUAAAGCAGCUCCUCUGUUUCAAAAUAUGCAUGAUGAGUUUGGCAUAAAUAACGAUCCCAAACUUCUUCUCAAUAAAUUAAAACCACAAUAUUUUGCGAUAUUUAAAAGUAAGAUUCAGAGGAAAAAUUCCAAGCAUAAGUCCAGGAAGCAGGCUAAACACUUCUGUGAGCAAUGUUUGAAACCGUCAAUAAUUGACCACAUCUACAAAAAUCUCGGGAAAGAAAUUGUUGAUGAAAUUUUGAAAAGUGACGAUUCCUUGAGAUUCAGAACUCGGAAACAUUUCCAGUUCACACUUUUGAAGGAACUGCUUGAAAUGAACCAGUUUGAGAAGUACUUACAAUAUGUUACACAGUAUGAAAACUAUGUGAAAACUUGGAUUUCAGAAUACAUUGUAAGUAAAUAUAAAAACUCUGCUGGUUUAGACAACUUGUUAUCUGGAAUUCUUUCUUCUUUAUCUGAAAAAAUCAAAACUGUUCUUCAAGAUAAAAUGGUACAAAAUAGCCAAAAUGUGCCAGAAUUGUUGCAGAGUUUCUCCGUGGAGUUAAGGAAGCAUUUGGUCCUUUCAAAGAAUGUACUGAAAGUGACGAGUUUCCAGAAUACCUCCGGCAUCCAACAGUUUUCUUCAGACAUUGAGAAUUACAUUGAUACAAUAGAAGAGGAAAUAAUGUCUAGCAUGAAAUCUAUGGGAGUUGAGACUAUCCUUUCUAAUCUUAUACUGAAGCCUCAAGAUGAAUUAUUUCACAAGCUCAUUGGAUGUGGAAAGAGAUGCCCGUUCUGUGAAGUUCCCUGUGAUGCUGAUGGAACUAAGCAUUACCAUCACUCUGCGACUGUGCAUUGGCCUAUAGGAUUGACCCAAUAUAUGUGGUUGGAAUCUAAUGUUCUUUACAAUUCAGUAUGUUCCACCGAUGUCCUGUCCAAUGACAGUUUUAUAAACUCAGACACAGGUGGCAAAUGGCACCCGUACAAAGAUUAUCGCACAAUUUACCCAGACUGGAUCAUACAACCAGACAGAGACAUGACUUCAUCAAAUUACUGGAAAUUUGUAUUUAAACAGUUUAAUGAACAAUUUGCUGAACACUACAAUGCAGAGCCCGCUGAAAUCCCACCGGAAUGGAAAAGAAUAAAUCAGAAACAGGCUCUCUGCUCUCUGCAAGAGAUUUAUAAUUUGAAAUAAUAAGAACAUAAUCAAAUAUCAAAAACCUGUAGGAGAUUCAGCACCAUUCUUACAUAGGCCUCAAUGUAAUACGCUUUCAAAAUGAUUCCAUUCUGUUAGAAAAACUUUCUAAGUGAUUUAUCUACAGACGUCACCAAUAAA